CACGCAAUUCUUAGAAUAAUGAUCUGAUUUUUUCAAAAAAGCUAGACAACCCCAAAUAUAAUUGGGCCUUCAUUUUUGGUCUAUUGUUUUGGCAAAAACUGGUUUGGACUGACCCAACUUUCAAAAACAUUGGGUUGAAGAUCCGGCGGGGCCAAGCCCAUCUCAGACUGGUUUCCUGACUUUCCUCAAUUUCUCUGCGUAAUCUAAAAACUCUCUCCCCCAAAUGGACAUUCAAGCUCCGUGUAACGCUUGCUACUCUCUCCACGGGCGACGGGCACUUCACGCGCCGCCGCACUUCGUUAACUUCCAUUUGAACUCCGCCAGACGCUGCCACAACGUGACUUCAGAGCUGCAACCACUGGGCGCCGUCGCCGCUCCAAACGCUGCCAGCUAUCCCCUCUCGAAAGUUCCCGCUCACAAGGUCACCGUUCACGACCGUCAGCGCGGCGUCGUUCAUGAGUUCUUCGUUCCAGAGGAUCAGUAUAUAUUGCAUACAGCUGAGGAUCAGAACAUAAGCCUUCCCUUUGCUUGCAGGCACGGAUGUUGUACUAGCUGUGCUGUACGUGUAAAAUCCGGGCAAAUACGACAGGCAGAAGCAUUGGGGAUUUCAAAUGAACUGAAAGCAAAGGGUUAUGCACUUCUGUGUGUGGGGUUUCCAUUAACUGACCUUGAAGUUGAAACUCAAGAUGAGGAUGAGGUAUAUUGGCUCCAAUUCGGAAGAUAUUUUGCCCGUGGAUCUAUUGAAAGAGAUGAUUAUGCCUUGGAAUUAGCUAUGGGAGAUGAGUGAAAAGUGAUCUAGAGGACCGAGGAGUUCAAGUGAUCAAGUAUGACAAGUUCUCUUUCCCUUGCAUUCUCAUGUAUCUACUUACUUUUAUUAUAAAUGGUAAUGUAAUUUAACUAAAAAUAGUAAUGUAUUUUAAUAAAAAAAAUCAUUUCAAUAGAUUUAUCUUGUUGAAAACUACUUAAACUUUUAAUUUAUUAUAUUAAUAUGCAAAAUAAAUUUAGAGUAAUUGA